GCGACAGUAACACUGCUCGUCGCUGACGUUUUUCCCUGGCCUUACUGGUGGCCUAUUUUAUACCAUUCCUUGGGCGCGCCACAUCUGCUCGCAAAUGCAGGGGAUCCUACGGCUCUUAUUUGGCCCGCCAGAACACACGGCUUCUCAAAACCAAAAUACAUGCCACUUCCGUGAGACCUGUGGGUCUUCCGAAUCACUAGAACAAAUCCCAAUUGAAUCCUGUCGUGUUUUACAUUUACUUUCAGCAGCACCCGCAGCGUUACACAGUUUGGAAACCUGUCCUUCAAGUGGAAUGCCACAAAUGUCUUGCCCCAAAUGACCUUCAAUACCGUUUUCGUCAGAUGUGUGGGACCCUUAGGAGAAAUGAACACCAUAGUAGUGAUAGCAACCCGGUCAUUGACACCAACCCCUUGGAGUCUCGUUGGCAAGAAACUUGAGACCAAUCUGGCCUGAUCAAAAUACAGCAGAAAGAAGAGUGCUCUGGAGCGAGAAUUCGUGUCCUUCCUCCAUCGCUUAAGCCCACCAAAGUAACUCGAUUGUGUGUCUCCGAGGCACAUUAUUUAUUUCCUUAUCUGGAGAGAUAAGGAUUCAAAGACCCACGUCCGCGGAGAUACUUGUCAGAAUCAAGGUACAACGUCAAAAACACCCACAUCCUGUGGAUGCCCCCGACGCCUAGCUUUUAAAACUGUAGACUCUUACGUAGGACAGCUUAGAGCUAUUCUGCGUGCCCAUUUAGAGACUACAACACUCACCACAACGGGAGAUCCAGUGCCCAAUCCAGCAGCACACCCAGCGGUCAAACGAUAUUUAAAAGGGGUGACAGAGGAACAG